GCAAGGAAGGUCAUGCUAACAUGGUACUUUUGAGCUCAUAGUGAGGAAUAUGCUGAAUAUCUUUCAUGGAAACUAAAUUCAUUUCUAAUUUCCUAACCAUGUUCGAAGAAAAUAUGUCGCCGACACUGCUUUAGGUGUUUACAAGGUCGAACUGAGUUUAUCUGACUCAAAAGUUGACAACCUGUAGAAUCAUUCUUUCUAAUGAUUUCAUGGACAAGAAAACGGAUCUCGAAAUAUACACAGCUAAUGAAUACCCAUGUAUCACCUGAAAUAUUCACGUCAUUCAACAAUAAACAUGAUGAAACUGCUUAAAUAAUUUCUUGAAACAAUCCGUUGCUUUGUCUCUAUUACUCUGUUGUUAAUUUUACACUACACGUUCUAGUUGUGAACGCACUAGCGAGAUAUUGGAAACAUGUGACUUCCAUUUCCUUAACAAAUAAUUUCUAUGGGAAGUUUGAUCGACCGCAUUUGUUCGAUAAAUCAGAUAUCGCCCAGAUGCCGCCUUCUCAUUCAAUGCUGAAAUACAAAUCAGGAAGCAAUAUCAGCUGGCCUAGUCGUUCGUUAAAAACAAAACAAUCUGAAGAGGUAAUAGUGUUGUGAUAAGAAAUAUGUCAGAUGGUAGAAAAUUUUCAAAGGAGCUCGAAGUGAUCGAGCCCCUUCUAGAAACUCCUGAGGCAACUCUAAGCAAACAUUCUAAAGUGGAAUAUGUAAACAAUGCACGCCCCAAUAUAAGACAUAACAGAAGUGUCGCUAUAAUUGAAGAAGAAGAUGCUAAGAAAAGAACAAAGAGAGUGCCCCCAGAUGGUGGCUGGGGAUGGCUGGUUCUUUUGGGAGCCACCUUAGUCAAUGUUCUUAUCCCAGGAACAAUAAAAUCUUUUGGCAUCCUCUUGGUAGAAUUUCUGGAAGUUUUCAGAACAAGUCCAGCAACAGCUAUGUGGAUACCAUCUCUAUGUUAUUUUUUAUAUAGUUCCUUAGGUCCUGUGUCAAGUAUCUUAUCGUUAAAAUAUUCCUACAGAACAGUUACAUUGAUUGGAGGCAGCUUUGCAGCAGUUGGAAUGAUAUGUACAACAUUUGCUCAGAAUAUAAUAUAUGUAUAUGUUACUGUAGGAGUAUUUGUUGGAACUGGAGCAGGACUAGCAUUCCCUCCAACUGUAUAUAUUGUAACUAGUUACUUCAAUAGAUUACGUGGGGUAGCUAAUGGGAUAUGCAUAUCAGGGUCAGCUCUUGGCUCCAUUAUAUUGCCCCCACUUUUGCGAACGAUACUAGAAGAGUAUGGUUAUCGAGGAACCUGCCUGAUUAUAGGAGGUUUGAUAUUAAAUGUUUGGGUAGCUGCCCUUUUUUAUGAUCCUGUGGAAAAGCAUAUGAAAACAAUAUCUGUAGAAUCAGAGGAAAUAGAUGACAAACCACAAGAACUAAUAGUUACAAGUACAAUGAAAUCUAUGAAUCAGAUUGAUGAGUCAGCAUCAGUUGCAGCUGACAGCAUGCUGAGUGAUACAGUCUUCUCAGAAGCAUCUCGCAAAUUCAACAGAAGUGCUUCCAGUACAGCUAUGCAAACACUAAGAUCUCUAGGUACUGUGGAGAGGAAGAUCAGUGUUCCUGCAUGUACUUCUCAUUCUACACAAGUGAAUGAUGGAACAAUGCAAAGAUUGAGACUUCCCAAGCAUUCUCUUCCACCUAAAAGAAGUCCCUCGACAAGUUCAUUUCAGUAUAUCACUACUCCAUACCAUGGAAGUGCUUUAACUCUGCAGCCAGAAGUAUUUGCAAGUUCUUUCAGCAUUAGAGGCUCCCAAGGAAAACUGAAUGAACCACCAAAGAAAAAAUUCAUUGAUUUAGCACUUCUUAAAGAUCCUAUAUACCUCAUCAUAAUGGUAUCUAGUGGCAUAAAUGCAGUGAGCUACACAAACUUUUUGAUAAUCUUACCACAAUAUGCACUAAUGCAAAAUUUCGGUAAAACUAAUGGUGCUCUACUUCUGUCAAUUGUAUCAACCUUCGAUUUAAUUGGUAGAAUUGGUGGAUCUGCAUUAUCAGAUCUUCAGUGUUGUCCAAAACUGGGCUAUUAUAUUGGGGGUCUUCUCAUAUCGGGAUUAGCAUUAGCAUUUCUACCAAUGUAUCCGAAUUUUGUAUUUGUUUCAUGUUGUUGUGUUGUAUUUGGUAUAUCAUCAGGAGCAUAUACAGGUGUUACUGCUGUAAUUAUGACAGAUAUGUUAGGAGAAGAUAGACUUCAAUCAACAUAUGGUAUUUCAUUAUUCUUUAAUGGUGUAUUACAAUUAAUAAGUCCUCCUAUAUGUGGAGCAGUCCUAGACGGACCACAAACAUAUGUGAUGUUGUUCAUAGUUUUGGGUAUUUUAUUAGUAUGUGCUGCAUCUUUAUGGCUCCUUAUGCCUUGUAUACCAGAUUCAAAAAAACAUAAUGAGGAGUAAAAUAACUGUACAAUAUAUCCGAGUGAUCAUGAAAAAUGUUUCUGAUCCAUACUGUGUGCCAUAUAUGAAAUAAUAGUAGCGAUAAUCUUUAUGUGAGUGUGGUCAGAAUGACUCCUUAUGUGAAAUUGAGGUACAUUUCACAACUAUGUUUCAAUCAAAAUACUAUUUCUUUUAGUAGUAAAUUACACAUAGUCUAAGUAUAAAUAAAAAUCAUUUUGCAA